CUCCAAAAAGUCAAGAUAAAUUCACACACACAGACACAGACACACACACACGCAAACACACAGCCUUUCAUUUUUCCACACAUUCUCGUUUCUCUUUUUCAGUCUCCUCAGGUAAAAUGGCGGGUAAAGGGGGAAAGGGAUUGUUGGCCGGAAAAACAACGGCGGCAGCGGCGGCGGCGGCUAGCAAAGAUAAAGUUAAGAAAGGACCUACUUCUAAAUCAUCUCGGGCUGGUCUUCAGUUUCCAGUUGGAAGAAUCCACCGUCAUUUGAAGACAAGAACAUCUGCCAAUGGCCGAGUUGGAGCAACAGCAGCGGUUUACUCAGCAGCAAUACUGGAAUAUCUUACUGCAGAGGUGCUUGAGUUGGCUGGAAACGCUAGCAAGGACUUGAAGGUGAAGAGGAUCACCCCUCGUCACUUGCAACUUGCUAUUCGUGGUGAUGAAGAACUCGACACACUAAUCAAAGGUACCAUUGCUGGUGGUGGUGUUAUCCCUCACAUUCACAAGUCACUUAUCAACAAAACCACAAAGGAAUGAAACCGUUCGAUCAUCCUUUCUAAGCUAGUCUUUUUUUACAAAUGUUAUUUUGUGGAUGUUAGUUAUGACAAUGGUUUGAUUGUUGACUUGCUGUUAAGUUUGACUUUAGUAUGUGUGAUUGUAUCAAGGAUUUAUGAAUCUGGUUUUAAGUUGUAGGCUGUAGGACUGAACUUGAUAUGCUAUCUUGAUCUUUCUGGAUUGUUAA